ACGCCGAGGAUGCAUGCGACUGCGUUGUCUCCUCCAUUGAAACGUUGGGAGAAAUUUGAAAUGUAGUGGAGAUUUGAGUAUAUAUAUUUUAUAUGGUCUCAAGAGCAGAUUCGACGCCGACAGGAUGGAUUACGCUCCGGAUAGUGUCCUGAGCACGACACUUAGGUUCAUCACUGAUCAUGUGUCAGUUUUCCCUAAUGAUUCUGCAAUACUACCAUCCCCAAGUGAAAGUUGCUCCUUAGUAACAGUUGCCCCAAAAUAUGGACUUAUCUUUGCUGCUCUUGGGACAACUUUCAAAGUGUACCAAACCCAAGCACUCUUGGCUGAUGGUGAGAAGAAAGAUGCAGCAACAGUGGACACAGGAGCACCCAUUACUCACCUUGUGGCCAGCUGUGAUGGCCUCACCCUCAUGGCUGUUGUCCUCCAUGGUGACAUUCCUCAUGCUCUCUUUUAUGAAUGCCGCAACUUUGUGCAUCAGUCUGCAAGCCAAACACCGUUUGCAAGCACAGCGAUUUGCCGAGUAGGUGGAUCCCGUGUGCAGGGCAUCGCAUGGAACCCAAUGAUGCCCAACAAUAUUGCUUUGGCCACCUCACCAGGCUUCCUCUCCAUCAUCUUGCUAAAGGACAAUAGUAUUGAUGUGAAAACAGUGGAAAUAAAGGCAUGUGCUGUGGGAUGGUCCCCAAAAGGCAAGCAGCUGACUGUAGGCUUAACUGAUGGAUCUCUAGCCUUGUUCAAGCCUGACCUGACCCCUGUAAGGAACAUUGCAAGACCCCCAAUGGAAGAACUGGGUGCAGUUCUAAGUAUCACAUGGUUCACAAGCACUGAAUUCUUCAUUGGCUAUAAACAAGAGGCAGAGGAGGGAGGCCAUGUGAUGAUGUUCAUUAGUGCACCAAAAGGAAAGGAACCAAAAUAUGUCCUUUAUGAGUUCCUUUGCAAUGACAACCAAGGUCCAAGACCACCAAUGUUCUACCCUGUUUUCAUCAGUGAAUGGAGUGUUAUGUGUGUGCUGUCCUCAAGAGCAGUCCAGUUGGGUGUGUUAGGGAAAGCAGAGAAUGGAGGGGAAGGUUGGUGUGAGUAUGAGAUGGAAGAAGGAGGUGGAGCUGGCCUGCACAACAUCUCUGUCACCAAGGAGACUUAUGCACUAGGGAUGGCUGUGGACUUUACUUCUUUGAAGAGUUUCACAAACAAAGACGGAAGCACAAGUGGACCCUGUCCAGUUCUUUAUGCACUGUCAACGGGUGGAGAACUCAACAUGUUCCACUUAGUCAAUAAUGCUGCCGGGACACCAGCCUUAACCAAGAUGGCAGAGGCCCUUCCCACUACUGGUCACAGGACUCCAGAUCAGUUUCCAGGAGUCAGCAGCUAUGCUGUGCCUGCAUCAACAGCUUCAUCUUCAGCUGCUCUACCAGAUGCAGCACCGAAACUAGGAAGUGUUGGCGAGGCCAGCAGUUCUCCAUCUAUGUUCAAAAGCAUAGCAUCAACAUCAUCCUUUGGAGCCAGCCCUUUUCAACAGACCGUUGCUGCUGCUGAUAAGCCCCAGGCAAUUUUCUCAUUCUCUCAAGGAACAGGAUCAAACAUCUUUGGAAGUUCUGGGGGAACAAGCUUAUUUGGGAAAGUACAACAAGAAGCACCACAGGCAUUGUCUAAACCAAGUGCAAACCCUCAAACUCCUACAUCCCUCAUCCAGCAGGCUUCUACAUCAGCAGCUACAGCCAAUUCUGUUUCCUCAAGUGCACCAAUGCCCUCACUCCAAUUCAAGGCCCCUGUAACUAAGUUGGCCCCUCAGCCUGAAGCACCACCACAGUCAAGCUUCAUGCAAUCACAGCCCUCUGAUUCAGCAAGGAAUGUGAACACACAGGGAGUUAACUUACCAAACUUGUUGCCAAAGGCAGACACUGCUACUGGGAGCAUUAGCCAGGGGAAGCCUGCUUUCAGUUCCACGCCCCUAAAAUCCAAGUCGCCCACCCCAGUGAUACCAGUGACACCCAAGUCAACAGAGAACCAAAUUACUAGGAGCUCCCAGAGCCCAGCACCAACCUUGCCAACACAAAAACUGGGGUCUGGGAAAAGCUCAGAGCCAGAUCUUCUUCCAGCCAUUAUGGCAAUAACCUCAAAUUUUGAAAAGGAAUUUCAUGACCACCUCAUUAACAACCAGUGUCAGAUUGAGAUAGGAAAAAAGGAGGAAAUGGGCAAAAUCCGGAGCUCCCUGGUAGAGCAGAAGACGUGGAUAGAUCAAAUGUCUUCCACCACUGCUGAGCUGAAGGCAGAGGUGAUGCAGCUGCACUCAAAGGUACUAGAAGGCUACACUCUGCGAGAGGAAGCAGAAGGACAGCUACAAAAACGGAAGAAUCCAAGGCACAUGAUGUCCCUACAAUCUCGGCCCUUAGACCCUCAAAGUCGCAGGAGGCUGGAAGAGAUUCGCUCUAGAUACCAGUACUUGCAGAGCCAACUCACUGAAGUCAACACAAGAUUGCAUCUUGACUGGGCUGAAUUCACAAAUGCAGCCAACAAUAAAAAGAAGAAAGAGUUGCCGGCAUCAGAAACAUUGUAUCAUGCCCUCCUGAAGAGCCACAGUUUCCGUGUAGCUCUUGACAAGCAAUUUGAUGUCCUGUGUGAAAAGGUGAAGGCAUUGCAACUUCACUCUCUCUCUGGCAGUCUCCAGGGCACCUAUAAGGAUGAUGAGGAGAUAUUUGCCAGCUUAGAGAAGAGUAUGAGAGAAACUUCCUUGUCGUCAUCAAUGCGCGUUUCUCCUGUCAAAAUGCUACCCCCUGAGAAGCAGGACAGACUGCAGAAACUCCUGGCACAGAGGACCACUGUCCCAGUCAAAAAAUGUACCAAUGUUCCCCGAAUGAACCUCACAGCUCUCCAGAACAGUACUUUCUUCAAUGAUUCCUGUAACUUGCCCAACAACUCCUCACUACUUGUCAACCAUUCUGCAUCAUCACCUGCUUUGGAUUUUACUCUCUCUUCCUUUGGCCCUCAGACCUUCUCUACACCCAACCGUAAGAAUACCUCUUCCCCUGUUACCAGUCUUGGUGCCAAAUCAGAAGCCCUUCAAAAGUCUGUUGAUUUUGGAUCACCUUCCGAGUCUAGGACUUCCAGUCCCUUUUCAUCUGUUAAACAGACAGCCAAUAUCCCAAGUGUACCAACAACAAAGGAUGGUGAAAGGAAUAACAAGACUGGAUUCUCAUUCAGUGGUGUGCCUUCUAUUGCAGCAGCAUCCGUGGGUGGUGUUAGUAUGGGGAAGGUUCAGUAUGAAGACAUAACUCCUCCCCAGACACCCAGUGUCAAGCUAGAAGAUGGAGCCAAAAGUGCAAGUCCUUUGCUAGCACUUUCAUCUAUGGUAUCAAAAGUACCCAGCACCACUCCCAAUGGGACAAACCUUUCCACCACUGUAUCCCAUAGCUUUGAUACUGCUUCAUCUAUCUUGGGGACAGCUUCUGUGUCUGACACUACUAAACCUGCUGUAUCCUCUGCACAGUCUUCACUUCCUUCUGUUUCUUCUGCUUUUUCGUUCAAGGGUGCAUCUUCAUCAUCCUCUACAGUAGGAUUUUCAGCUACAGCAGCUGGUUCAUCAUUAUCUUUACCCUCUACUUUUGCUGUGGUUUCAACAGUGGGUAGUACUGCAACUGCAAGCUCACCUCCUUCAUUUGGGGCCUCCUUUUCCUUCAAACCACCAACUUCAUCUACUAACCUCUUUAGUAAUGUGAUUCCAUCUAGUGCAACCUCCAGUCUGCCUUCCAUAUCAAGCAGUACAAAUACUUUGUCCUUCAGUGCUCCAAGCUCAACACUAACUACUACAUCUGCAAGUUUGUUCUCAAAGACAUCUCUGGCAACUGAUACUGGCACUCCAUCAUUAACACCUCUAACCACUCCAUUAGCUUCAGUUACUACUUCAGGGACAGGGGAACCAAUUACCACUUCUGCUGCAACUUCAACAGUAACAUCAGUUGCUGCUAGUAGUACUUCAGCUUCAUUAGGGACUAAUGCUUUAGGAGGAUCCGGGUCAGCCAGCAGUGGAAGUUUGUUUGAAAAUUCUGGUGCACCUGCAACAGGAAGCAUUUUCAGUGGAGCAACAGCCAGCACUGGUGCAAGCAUGUUUGGAGGACCAUCAUCAUCACCAGGAAAGUUGUUUGGAGGAAUAACAGCAACUUCAUCAAGUUUGUUUGGGGGUACCACUGCAACCACAUCUGGAAGCACAAAUGAAGGAACCUCAAGCACCACAGCUUCAACAUCAACAAGUGUGGAUACUACAUCACCCACCCAAGCACCAAGCUUAUUCAGUAACAAAACAACUACUACAAAGAGCAGUAUCUUUUCAGGAGCAGAAUCAACUAACACAGGAAGUUUGUUUUCAAAUACAUCCUCCAUAACAACCCAGUCUGGUAGUUUAUUUGGAGGUACAGCAACUGCGUCAUCAGGUAGCCUGUUCUCUUCAUCUGGCAGUCUCUUUGGUGGAACUUCUGCAGUUACUAUAAAGAGUAUAUCAUCACCUGUGAGCACUGUAACAUCAACAAAUACAACUUCUACAGCUAGUAUUUUCUCAAACUCGAACACUUUAUCAGGUUCCUCACUGUUUUUGCCACCAUCUACUGUUUCUGGAGGUAGCUCAGCCACAACAUCUAGUGGAAACAUGUUUGCUGCCACUGCAUCCCCCACUCCAACAGGAUCUCUGUUUGGUUCUCCAGCCACCACAUCAUCAGCUCCUGGAGUCUCAACCCCCACAACUAGUGGAAGCUUAUUUAGUGCUACAGUUACUUCUGGAUCACUCUUCAGUUCCACUGUUCCUUCCUCUUCUGCUUCUGGAAGUAUAUUUGGCACUGCUUCAUCAGAUUCAUCAUCAUCAGGGGCACUCUUUAGCUCUCCUACAACAACCUCAGCUGCUAAAACCACUUCAGUUUCAAGUGUCACUGGAAGUGUGUUUGGUGGCGGGACAUCUGCUUCAGCAUCCACUGGAUCUCUGUUUGGCUCUACAGCAACAUCAUUAGCAACUUCAGGAAGCAGUCUGGGUACCUCCACUAAUGGGAGUGUGUUUGGCACAGCUGUCAUAGCACCUUCAUCCUCAGGAUCUCUUUUUGGCUCUCCUGCUCCUGCUGCAACAUCAGCUUCAGAAACUGGUGUGGCUACAACUACUAGUGGAAGUAUGUUUGGCACAGCUGCAUCAGCCACUUCAUCUUCUGGAUCCCUCUUUGGUGCAGCAUCUCCUUCAUCUUCAACAUCCACUUUUGGAACAUCAGCCUUUGGGGCUCUAACAACCUCCAGUUCAGGCUCAGCUUUUAGCACUUUGAGUUCUGCAGGUGGUUUCAGCUUGACAUCUGCCACAACUACAACUGCAAGUGGCUCUGUGUUUGGUCAAACAUCUUCGCAGGGAACAAACUCUGUCUUUGGUCAAAGCCCACAAAGUCCAUCAUCAGGUUCAGUAUUUGGAUCCCAACCUACCAGUGCAGCUGGAUCAGUAUUUGGAUCCCAGCCUACUACUUCUGCUGGGUCAGUAUUUGGAGCCCAGCCUACUACUUCUGCUGGGUCAGUAUUUGGAUCCCAGCCAACCACUACUACCAAUUCAGUAUUUGGGUCCCAACCUACCACCGCUACUGGAUCUGUAUUUGGCAAUAGUGGGCAGGGAGGCUCUGUGUUUGGUAGCUCAGGAACACAGUCAUCCUCCCUUUUUGGGGCCUUAUCACAGACUACAGGCGGCUCUGUAUUUGGCCAGCCAAUUACCAGCUCUGGAUUUAGAAGUGGGACUUCGGGAUCAUUUGGCGGACAGAGUCCAUCGCAGGAAUCCUCACCCUUUAAUGCAAAAAGCAAUGAUAAUUCCAGUUCGUCCAUGUUUGGAUCUUCUGGAUUUGGAUCUGGGUCUGGUGGGCUCUUCAGUGGUCUUGGUGGCAAACCAAGUCAAGAAAAUGCCAAUAAGAAUGUAUUUGGAUCGCUCAGCUUUGGUGAAGCUAAACCUCAAUCCAGUCUUUUUGGUGGGGGCUCAAACCAGCCAAGCAGUACAUUUGGUGGAAUGGCAUUUGGAGGCUCUGCAAGCAGUGGAGCAAAUGCUGCAUUCUCCAGCCCUGUGGGUCAGACAGCUCAGAGUGGUUUUGGGGUAACAACACCCCAAAAGUCCACUUUUGGUGGUUCGGGAGCAAGCUUUGGAAGUUCCCCAGGCUUUGGUGCAGCACCAGUCUUUGGUUCCCCUCCUAAAUUUGGAAGUUCCCCAACCUUUGGUGGAUCACCUGCUUUCGGGUCUUCAGUGUCCAGCCCAACAGCAAACACAUCCUCAGGUGGUGCUGGGUUUGGCACCUUUGCUGCCCCAAGUGGAUCAACGUUUGGCGGAGUAAGUGGCUCAACGCCCUCCCCUUCUUCUGGCUUUGGAAGUUUUGCAGCCCAGAAUAACACAGCAACCUUUGGCAGUGUAGCCCAACAGCAGUCCUCAGGGAACACCUUUGGAGGUGGAAGUGCUUUUGGCGGUGGAAGCAGCUUUUCAUCAUGGCGAUGAGAUAACUCAGAUUCACGGUGAAUGAUUGUAACUUGCUACUGUCAACUGAUUUCUGUGGAUAUUGGACCUCUACCAUUGAAAUUUGAUCCAUGUGACAUCAAGGGGACCACUUGGAUGGAGAGCCGUAUUUUUCUUUCCCACCUUAUUAUUAGUAUUAUUAUGUACAGUAAAGGGUUUUUACAAGACCAGUGCAGUGAAAGAGUUACAAGAAUUUCAAAAGAGUUUUGUUGUUUUAUAUACAAACUUACAAAAUAGUAUUAAGUUUGGAUUCAACUCCAUUUCAAAUUUAGAAAAAAAUACUUUGGCUAAUUUUAAUAUGUAAUUACUCUUAUGCAUUAUUCAAUUUUGGGGGGAAUAAAUUGAAAAAUUAUAUAAAGUUAUGCUAAAAGGGAUUAUAGCCACCUUUGGAAGAAGGUAUGGUGAAGACAGAAUUCCAGAUCUCCACUAACUAUAAACCAUGCACAGAGACCAUUAAUCAGUUAUUUUACUCUGAUAUAGUGUGAUUGUAACAGUAUUCACUAUUUCCUAUUAAGAUAGAAAAUUUUACCAGAUUACUCUAAUUUUUAUUGUACAUUGGGUUAAAUCAUUUUGUAAAAAAAACAUGUAUUUCAGCAUCAUCAGUUCAAUCACAUAUAUUGUUAAACUAUGGGAAAUUUGUUGAAUUGAGCUACAGCUAUUAGGCAGUAGUUGGAAAAACAUCAUUAUGAUAAUACUCUGUUACAGAUGAUAUAAUAGAAUUAUAAUCUAAUUUGGUUGAACAAUUUGUUUGUAAUAUGGAUUUCAGCUGUUCAAUUUAUUUGUGAUAUGGAGUUCAGCUGUCAUCCAUAGCCCCACCUUAUCUUGUUUUUAACUCCCAUUGUACAUUUUAUUUAAACCAGCCAUUGUAUACAGUGCUUCCUUUUCCAAUGUACAGUUUUAAGAUUGAUGAAGGUGGUUUCCUGCGGUUUAAGUGUAGUUUCUCUUUCAAUUAUAAUGAAGAGUCAUA